CCCUGACACUUCUCAUAAAUAUUACCGAGGCUUAUUUGAGGAGCUCGCACCAUUAAGUCACGUCGUGUCGUGGUUUUCACAAGCUUUUUACCUGUCAGAAUAUCAGAAAUUAAGAUUUGUAUUCUGCUUUCACACCGGUUGUGCUCCAGGCACCGUUUCUCCAAAUCCAACUUUAUGCACCGGCUCUCGCUCGCAGAUUUGGAGGGCUGCUGCCCGUAACAGGUCGCUGCAGUCCGGGGGACCCUUCGUAUUAAAGGCGAAGAUUGACCAAACAAUGUACAACCGUGGGUCAUAAUUCUGGCACUUCGACCGGAGAUCUACUCUGUCAAGUUUGGCAACCCGGGACAUUUGCUUGCCGAUCUCAGCGCCGCUGGCAAAGACUUACAGGAAAGUGCUGCGGAUUCAAAAAUUGUUUUUGGCAGCAACAACAAGGCAAGAAAGAGGACGUUUUUCAUUCUCAACUUUAUUAUUAAGUCGAAUGUCCAUGAUGAGCAAACCCGCAGGCUCAACAAGUGGCUGUCUGGAUAUUCUGAAUGUCAAAUCAAGUCGGAUUCUGGACAUCCCAUGCAAAGUCUGCGGUGACCGCAGCUCAGGGAAACACUACGGUGUUUACGCCUGUGACGGCUGCUCGGGAUUCUUCAAGAGGAGCAUCCGCAGAAACAGGACAUACGUCUGUAAAUCUGGUUCUCAGGGUGGCUGUCCCGUGGACAAAACUCACAGAAACCAGUGCAGAGCGUGCCGUUUGAAAAAGUGUCUCGAAGUGAACAUGAAUAAAGACGCAGUUCAACACGAGAGGGGGCCCCGGACGUCCACCAUCCGCAAACAGGUUGCUCUAUAUUUCCGGGGGCACAAAGAGGUGAACGGAUCAUCGACCCAUUUCCCGGGAUCCUCUCUGUCUGGCCCUCCUUUCUUUACCACGGUCACGCAACUGGAGCCUCACAACCUGGAGAUGAGCGCAGCAAACACACCGGAGAGACAGGCCCUGGUGGGUCUGGCACAACCCACUCCGAAGUACCCCCAUGAAGUCAGUGGCACCCCCAUGUACCUCUACGAAGUGGCGACGGAGUCUGUGUGUGAGUCAGCGGCGCGCCUCCUCUUCAUGAGCAUCAAGUGGGCAAAGAGUGUUCCCGCAUUCUCCACCCUGCCUUUAUCGGAUCAGCUGAUACUGUUGGAGGACGCAUGGAGGGAAUUAUUUGUGUUGGGCAUCGCGCAAUGGGCCAUUCCUGUGGACUCUUCCACUCUUCUCGCCGUUUCUGGAAUGAACACCGAAAACACAGAAUCUCAGCGGAUGAAUAAGAUCAUUUCUGAGAUACAAGCACUUCAAGAGGUGGUCACCAGAUUCAGGCAUAUGCGCCUCGAUGCAACAGAGUUCGCCUGUUUGAAAUGUAUCGUGACUUUUAAAGCCGUUCCUACACAUGGCAACACUGAGUUAAGAAGUUUCCGCAACGCCAGCGCCAUCGCUGCACUACAAGACGAGGCACAGCUCACCCUCAACAGUUACAUACACACCAGGUACCCGACUCAGCCGUGUCGCUUCGGGAAGCUGCUCCUGCUCCUGCCCGCGCUCCGCUCGGUGGGCCCGUCCACCAUAGAGGAAGUGUUUUUCAAGAAGACCAUUGGCAACGUGCCCAUCACCCGGCUCCUCUCCGACAUGUACAAGUCCAGCGAUAUAUGAAUUCUCGCCAUCUUGAAAAAAGACUUGAGCUAAAAAGGCCCAGAGAGACCCACCAGCAGGCGACAGAAAUCAAAUCAUAGCAGGUGUAACCGUGGGUUGAAUUAUUGCUGAGCAUACAAUCUGUUAGGCUGUCUUAAAAUAGCCUGUUUAGGCCUAUAGGCUCAUUUGAAACAAAGACUGCAACACAGCAGGAACUCACUAAGUAGCCUGUUAACAGUUGCUCUAGUUAAGAAUUAGACAGUAACUUUCAUUGUAGAAUUACCUGUUUGAUACUGCAGCCUGCAGUGUUAAAGACUCUGGAGGGAGAGCACCUGCCAAGUACUGACAAAGAAAUAUUAUAUAUAUAUAAAGACGUUUUUUGAGUGUCUGUGAGACCAAUGAGCUUGACGACCAAUUCAGUCCUUUAUUGCUGUUAUCAAUCUCAAUGGAGGAAACCAAAAAAAAAAAGAAGACAAAUAAAAUGACGAAUGCGAAACGCUGUCCCUCUGACCUGGUGCUGAAACCAAACGCAUGGUGGAAGAGGUGCCAACUAUGAAGAAUUGGGGGGAAAAGACUUUUAAAGGAUAUGCUUGCAUUGCCUGUCGACUGAAAACUUACAUUCAUCUGAAGGUGGUGUUUGUAUUUAAGUGGUUACUGUCCUGUUUGUGUUCCUGUGUCCUGUUUGAGGCUGUUUUAGGUCCACUUUGUGAAGUUAGGCACUAACACUGGAUGAAAUAAUAUUCAGCACUUGGAAAUGUUUUUGUGGCCUGUGAUGUUUUUAUUCUGCUGUAAAUAUUUGGAGUUAUAACUUUUUAGAGUUGUAACCAAGAGAAUAAAAGACAAUGAAUUAAACUGCUUUUAAAUAACCCAGAUAUUAAACUACUGGCGAAGGUGUUCUUAGAUCUAAAUGUGAAGUACAAUUUACAAAUAUUUUAAGACUUAAAAGGUACAACACACAUGCAAAAGUAAUUAAUAACCUCGAUAAGACUCAUAAUGAACGCCAGUUGGUGAUUUGUUCGCACUUUAUACAUCAUUAAAUCAGGAUCCUUCAGUUAAAAUAAGUUGAAUCAUUAAUUUAUAUGCAAAAAACGUCACUUAAAUCCAGUUAAAAACGUGGCAUUUCAGAUCCAUCAGCUCAUUUUACAGGCUUCUAAUCCAAACAUGUAUUUAUUCAAAUCAAACUGCCAGUCAGAUGCAAACAUUAAAAACUGCUGCUGCAUGACCCAACAGUCUUAAUUAAUUACAUUUAGAAGCUGGCUUUGGGGUGGCAAAUAAAUAAAGCGACAACUGAGUGUUAACAAGACAACACAAGUGUUUGUGAUUACUUUGACACUACUAUUUUCAGUUCUUGGGUUGAAGUGUCCCUUCAAUUAAAGCAAUGUUGUGAUACAUCUUUACAAAAAGUGAGUUAACGUACAUUUUCUAAAAGUAUUAAUAAUAAAGAAUAAAAGACGGAGAACUUUUCUGUUUUUAAAACAGUAAUCAGACCACAGAUGUCUUUUUUAUGUAACUGGAUGUGGAGCAUAAACAAAUCACAUAAAGCCUGGCUUGAUCAUCACGACAUACCCUGUAUGAAAGUAUCAAGAGUCAAGCAUUAUGUAUGCAUUACAUUGACCUGUGUUUUGCACCGUUAUUGUAAAGGUUUAAUGAUUCAACGUUCGAGGUAGUACUUUUCAAAUGAAAACUCAGGAACGUUGCAUUUAGCUUUGAUUAGCCAUAGGCCUAAACAUUUUUGUACUGAAAUUGACAGGUUAAGUAUUUACUGAAUAAGUAAAUAUUGUUGUCCUAUUGUUGUGGCAGCUCGCAGCAGACUAUCCAAUGUGGAGUGUUAGAGGGGUCAGCAGCCCGAAUCAACAGAUGUAUGCGUGUGUGGAGACAUUUCACCUAUUUUAUUGGAAAAUCUUCAAAAUAAACAAAAAUGGCACAGCAGUAUACAAAUCUCAAAAUGCAUAUAGCCAGUAGAAAUACUGCAGUUCCCUCUGUGUAAAUUACUUCUUUCCUUUUAGAAAAUCAUUGUGAUAACUGGUCAGGUGCUGGUUGAUACACACAAGUGCUUCCUUUAGAAGAGGAUUAACUGGGUGUGAUUUAAAAGUCGAGGCCCAUCAAAUAUAUAUAUAUAUAUGUUUGUGUGUGUGCAUGUGUGUGUGUGUGUGUGUGUGUGUUGCCAGUUAUGGUGUGCAACAUGCCAGUAUUGGAUAUAUAUGAUGGGAAAUGCUGUGUGUCUUUACAAGAGCUUUGCAUACAUAGAACGCUCAUUCAAUGUAACUAUAUAAAUGAAUAUAUUCAAGACAAAGCUAAAUGAUGAAUACAGUAUAUAUCCAUGUUAGUGGCAUUUCCAGACAAAGAGAAAUUACUAUAAAUUACCUUCAACCACAGUGAUGUGUCGAACAUUCUUGACUCCAAUUAGAAAGUGAAAAAAACAUAGAUCAUAGUCACUAAUUAAACUAAAAGAGGCAGUGAACAAUAUUACUUUGGGGGGGGGGA